AUGUUUCAAACUACUUGCUUCGAUUUGUGGUGUAAAGAAAAAAUAUCUUGCACAAUUGUUACACUUGUUAAGGAGCUGGAUAUACAUUUAGAAGGUGGCCUGCCGUUAGGGCUAAUUACUGAAUUAUGCGGAGCUUCUGGUACCGGAAAAACUCAGUUUUGUUUGCAGCUCUGUAUUAAUGUACAGUUUCCUUUGACAGUAGGUGGGUUGGAAGGAAAAGCUUUGUUUAUUGACACAAAUGGAGGAUUUUCUCCAUUCAGAUUAAGAGAAAUUGCUGAAGGUAUGGAGCGUUGUUUUCAGCAGUUUAAUGCUGAAAAAUUACUGAAAAACAUAUCUUAUGUAGAUUGUUCCAACUAUACGGAAUUGAUGAUAGCUGUAUCAAAUUUAAGGAACACUUUAUUAGAAGAUCAAAAGCUUAAAUUAAUCGUAAUAGAUUCGUUUUCAUUUCUUUUACGUUUCUUAGAGGACAUCAGGCUGCGCUCGCGCAUAGGUUAUGAAAUACUUUCCGAUUUACAAAGUUUAGCUUUGAAAUUUAACGUGGCUAUUGUUAUUACUAACGAAUUGACUACACGAUACGUGGAUGAAGAGUGGUAUAUCACACCAGCCCUAGGUGAAACCCAUUCCCAUAAAAUCAAUCAACGUUUAAUGUUUAGAAAAGAAUUCGAUACGGGACGUCAUGUUAUUACCACAGACAAAUCACUAAUAUGUGGAAAAGUUUCUAUACCUUUCGAGAUCAAAUACAGUGGAGUACGUGGAGUACCGGAAAUUAAUUGAGUUAAAUAGCAUUAGUUUCAGGAGUUGUUCUACAUUUAAAUAUUAUUUUGGAAUCAUUUGUAAAUUUUUCCAAAGAGUACCACGACCAACACUAAGAGAUUCUCGAUGUAAAAUUUGGUAAAGCAUGGCAAGAAGGGAAGUAUUUGUUGACAUUAUCUGGUUAAACAAAUGAAUCUCAGUUAAA